AAGCUGGGGGAGGGGUCCAGUGUCGGCCCCCGCCUCAGCCCGCGAGGUUGGUACGGACCGCGAGUGGCUCUGGUCCCGCCGGCAGCUCGCGCUCGCGGGGGCGGGGUGCGUGGGGGCGGGGCGGGAGGCGCUGUCACAGCCGCGGCAGCACCGCGCAUCCGCCGCCGCCAGCGCCGAGGGCACCACGCGCUGGCCCGCUCUGCUGGGCUCCGGCCGCGCGCCCCGCCACCCCGGCCCAAGCAGCCUGCGCGUCGCCUCUUGGGGCUCCAGUCGUCGCUCCGCGCCUCGCCGCCCGCGCCCUCCCGAGCGCUCCAGGGCUCUGGCCGCCGCCUGGCUGAGCCCAGAAGCAGCCGGGCGGUGGCAGCGGGCCGGCCGAGGCUGUGGAAGAGCGGGCCCACGGCUAUGAAGUGGCCCCCGAGGACAGGGAGCCGAAAAACGCCCAGAGAGAGAAGCGCGCGCAUCGCAAGGCAGCAGCCUUGGGGCGCUGGGGCCAGAGCAUAGGACUACCACCCACGAUGGACCGCUCUGGGGACGAUAAGGACUCGCCACCGCAGCUGUCCUCAGUUCUCCAACGGCUCUCCAACUGCUGUGACCUGUUUGGCUCUGCCCAUCCUCAAGAGUCAAGCAGUGAGGUAUCAACCUCUGAAGGUUCCUGACCUUGCCCUGGACGACUGCCCCUUCGCAGACUCCCGUCAGGCUGGACUCUGCACGCUUGCUUCCGCAAUGGGUAAUGAGGAGCUGUGGGUGCAGCCAGCCUUGGAGAUGCCGAAGAGACGGGACAUCCUUGCGAUUGUCCUCAUCGUGCUUCCCUGGACGCUGCUCAUCACCGUCUGGCACCAGAGCAGCCUCGCGCCUCUGCUGGCUGUGCACAAGGAUGAGGGCAGUGACCCCCGGCGUGAGGCACCACCCGGUGCGGACCCUAGGGAGUAUUGCAUGUCCGACCGAGACAUCGUGGAGGUGGUGCGCACAGAGUACGUGUACACGAGGCCGCCACCGUGGUCGGACACGCUGCCCACCAUCCACGUGGUGACGCCCACCUACAGUAGACCGGUGCAGAAGGCAGAGCUGACACGAAUGGCCAACACACUACUGCAUGUGCCCAACUUGCACUGGCUGGUGGUGGAGGACGCUCCACGCAGGACGCCCCUGACAGCGCGCCUGCUGCGCGACACUGGCCUCAACUACACACACUUGCAUGUGGAGACACCCCGCAACUACAAACUGCGAGGUGAUGCCAGAGACCCUCGCAUCCCUCGCGGCACCAUGCAACGCAACCUGGCCCUGCGCUGGCUGCGGGAGACCUUCCCACGGAACUCCACGCAGCCAGGUGUAGUGUACUUCGCGGAUGAUGACAACACCUACAGUCUGGAGCUCUUUGAAGAGAUGCGCAGCACAAGGAGGGUGUCCGUGUGGCCUGUGGCCUUCGUUGGUGGCCUUCGGUACGAGGCCCCAAGGGUGAAUGGGGCAGGGAAGGUGGUUGGCUGGAAGACAGUGUUCGACCCCCACCGGCCAUUUGCCAUAGACAUGGCUGGAUUUGCUGUCAAUCUGCGGCUCAUCUUGCAGCGAAGUCAAGCCUACUUUAAACUCCGCGGUGUGAAGGGAGGCUACCAGGAGAGCAGCCUCCUUCGAGAACUGGUCACCCUCAAUGACCUGGAGCCCAAGGCAGCAAACUGCACCAAGAUCUUGGUCUGGCACACACGGACAGAGAAGCCAGUGCUGGUGAAUGAGGGGAAGAAGGGCUUCACUGACCCGUCGGUGGAGAUCUGAGGAUGAGGAUGCGGGAAAUCUCCUUCUCAGACCCUGAUCUUGGCCUUCCAUCCUCUCCCAUGGCUGAUAGUCACUCUGAGGCAGACUCCAGAGGAACAGCAUCACCUCUUGUCUAUUCUGAGGGCUUCCAAGAAAGCCCAGCUUGAUGCCAGGAUAAAAGACAGAAAUUUAAGCACAGAAUCCCAGACCUGUUGUUCUCUCCAUCACCAUGGCCAGGGGCUUGAGACCCGAGGGCUGGGGAUUCCAGCAGCCAGCAAAGCCCGGGCUCUGCACACCUCCUUGGAAGCCUCCUGCAUUGAUGGGGCUGUGUAAGCGGGUGACCCUGACUUGGAGUGAUGCUGGAGAUGAGGGAGGUCAGAAAAACCCCACUGUUGAGUCCAGCAUGGUUCUCCAUUGCUCUCUGCUCUUGGGCCCAGCAUGACUACACAGCAUGUGCCCAGCCAGGACAUUGUGAAGACCAGAGAGCAGCCCGGGGCAUGAAGGUGCCCCAACACUCCUCUUUCACACCUGCUCUUCCGCAGAGCUGCUCCCCAAUCACAAAUACCUCUGGCUCUUCUCUGGUUCAUGUUUACAGGGCAUAAGGCUGUCUUGGAUCCCAUCUGGCACCCGGCCCUGCAUCUGGGGAGCCUGGGCCUACCUACAGCUCCCCCUGUACCUCAGGCUGUGGGAGAACAAAGCCCCUUCCCACAUCCCUCAAGCCUCCUGUGCCAGAAUUGGCAAGGUGGUGGGCCUAGAGCCAGCACAGGUCAUUAAUUGAUCUGGAUUAAGAACCAUGUGACCCCAGUGUCCACACUGCCUCUCUAAUACCCCUGGGCUGCAACGCCCCCUUGCCUGGCUUGGACCGGGGACAAAAUGCCCUCUUCCCAGAACCUGAGACUCAUAGACCUCAGGACUGGAGUUAACAGUAAUAAAUAGGAGGAGCUUUUCCUGAGAAGGUGUGAGGCCCAGCAACCGCAGCCCUUUCCUGCACUGACUCCUGUGAGGGGUGCAUUAGCAGGGGAUCUGGAGAUAAGAGCAGGAUUGUCUGAACACUGGAAGAAAAGGAGACUUGAUCGCACACUGCUUUGGAAGUCACUCUAUCUUACACAAAAUGGGAAAGCUUGCAAAGCCAGCCUGGCCUCCUGCUCACUUACUCUCUCCACCUCAGAGAAAACAGUAUGCCCAGGCUGUUGUCCCCACCCACCCAGGAGAAGCCUCUGCCUGGGGUUCAGCAUCUGAGAGGCCGCUGGCUCUGGCUGGACGCGGCCCUCUGGUGGUGAUCUCGCUCCAGCUCCUACAAGUUGGAAGCACAAUUUUCCUCCAAGUGGGGAAAAGGAAAGGGCACCACAAGCCCACUGAAGAAGUGUUUAUUUUUUAACGGCUAACAGCUCCCCCUCCAUUAAAACUCAUAGGACAGGCCUAAGAGUCGUUCAGAACCCACUCUUGAGUGGAUGGGACUCAGUUCACACAUCUAACCUUCCGAGAAUAGCAUUGACUGCCCAUUUUGAAAUGGAUUUAACUUCCCACAGUCUUCAGGAAAACCUCCGAUAGGAACAGAUCCCACAGCCACCUUGCAGGAUAUUCCCUCCGACCACUUCUACUUUGGAUGUUGCUUUGGAAACUGACCCCUUAGCAUCCCAUAGGUGGCAUGGGAGAGGGAGGAAAGAGGCACAGGGCAUCUAUCCGAUGAGUGGAUUUAUGUCUGGGCACUCUGCUGUCCAUUCAUAGAAACUGAUAGUGAAUGCCAAGGUCAAACCAGCUGCUGAGGCUGCCUUCUUAGCCAAAACCCACUGCUCCUUUUUAGGAAAUUGAAAACGAAAAACAAACUGGGGUUUUAUUAUUGUUAUUAUUAUUUUUGGCAGAUGUUAGUUCAGUUGUUUCCACCUAAUAUCCUCUCUUAGCCGCAUGUGUAUUUAUUUAUAAUUCCAACCCCGGUGGACUGCAGCCUUUGAGAAUGAGUUUGUUACAAGUAGAACUGGGUCCGUGUUGACAACUUGUUCUCCAAACCCAGGCUGUUCCCUGCUCCCUUGCUGGAAAGCCCCACCGCAGAGGAGUCAAGCCAGGGGUUUAGGAGCUCCACAGGCAGAGGCUGGUCUAAGGGUGGAGCCCAAGCUGCCGCACCAUCUGGUCUGUUUUAAUUUAACUCUAUUUAAUUUGUUUUCGAAAUUAAAAGUCAAAUAUGGUUUUUAACAGUUGUAAUCCUCUUCAGCCUUGCCUUAUUUUAGUCUCAUUUAUUAAUUUAGCCAGCCAACAAAUAGUUCCCAGGUGCCUGCUAUGAAUAGGCAUUCUUCUAGUCAGGAUCCAGCAUGAUGGAGCUCACCCACCAAAUCCAGGACACAGACAAGGACUCUCAUGCAGCAUUUCAGGUGCGAGGCACUGGAAGAAGGGCGGAACUGCUGGAGAGGAUGGAGGGUAGUAGUGGGACGGGCGGAAGUUCCUUAAAGCAUGGUAAGAAAGACCUCCCUGGUACGGGGCCUUGAGCAGAACAGCAGCAUGCCAACCUGCAGCUGAGGCAGAGCAUCCUGAUAAGAGAGAAACGCCCCCAACUGUGUGCACUCAUACCUAUAGCUCAGGAGAAAAAAAAGAGUAACGUGACUGCAAUUGACUGGGCAGGGGCCAGGGGUGGGAGCAGGGGCAUGGAAGACAUGGUUGGCAAGUCAGAAAGAAAGCCUGGAAGCAGCUGGCCUCUGAGACCAGGAUAAAGCUGUUGGUUUCUACUCUAAGUGCAAUUAGGAGCCCCUGAUGGAGCUGACCUUCGAGGGCCACUUUGUUUCCUGUGCUAAGGAUAAAUGGGCCAAGGCAGGGGACUGGGGAGGCAGCCCCUGUGAUAAGCCAGGAACAAGAUGCUGGUGGCUGGGUUGGGAGCACGAGCUCUGGAGUCGAGGGAGUGGCUGCAUCUAAACAUGCCUAAGAAGGGCUGGGUGUGGGAUGAAGAGACAGCAGCCAAGAUGACCCAGGCCACAGGCCAGAGUUUCCAUUUGUUGAUACAGGACAGAGUGUAGGAGAGGAAAAUGGAGUUCUGCUUCUGACCUUGUAGUGCACGUGCAACAGAUAGUCAGGGUCAGCUCUCCGCGUACUUGCAGUGAGGAUGGGAACCAAACCGGAAAGUGUUGGUGUCAAGAUCCCACAGGCAUGACCCCCACACAGUGAGUAGACAAAAGAAAUAAUGGGUGAGCAAAGUCUCCGGGCAAGUCAGUUAAGGGGAGGUGCUCUGCAGGGACUGAGAUGGGUUUCAUGGCACACAGGAUCUGGAUAAACUGUCUGGAGAGUUAAGGUCAGCCGGCACAGGCUGGGGAAGCAGAGAAAAAUAUUUCUACAGAAAGUCCAAUACAUACCUGAUCAUGUAUGCAUAAAACUGUAACUCAGAAUUCCUUGCGCCCUUACAGAAGGACAGCACUGCUUAGUGAAGCUUUGUAGAAACAAGCUCGUAUGUAUUGCAAGGCCUUUAAAGUGACAAUUUAACACUGCUCUCUGGCUCUGGCUUUACUCAAGAAGUCCUGGACUCAUCUACACUUUAUCUGGAUACUUGAUAGUCCAAGACAUCUCAGGAAGAACCUGCAAGCAUGGGUAAAAUUGGGGACUUAGUCUGACUUGCUCUUCAAGUAUCAUCUGUAAUCUGCACUUUAAAAAGCCCCCUUUGAAGAGCCAGCAAGAUGGCUUGGUGGGUAAAGACACUUGCUCUCAACCCUGACAACCCACAAGGAGGCUGUCCUCUGAUUGCUCAUAUCCCGUGGCAGUCAUACACCUAACCCACACACACAGCAAACAAAUAAUCAUCGUAUAAUUUUAUUUUAAAACUUUAA